AUGCCGGCACCACGCCUCGCAACAUCUUCAGGAACGGCGGAGUUCGCGUCGAGCCACCCGUGGGCGGCGUGCCCAGCCGGCCGGAGCGUGUCGUCGGAGGUCGGGGUGCCGGCGGCAUCCCUCGGCGGCGGCGUCCCCACGAUCGCGGCUCACGGCAGAGACGCCGCCGAGGCGCUGUGGGCGGUGGCGGCGGCGCUGCUGCUGGUGUGCUGCUGCUUGUGGCUCGUGCCGUGCGCUUUCGGCAGCCUGGCGGCGGACGCCAAGCCGAAGAGGCGGGCGAAGCGCGGCAUCGCGGCCGCCGGCGCCGGCGCGCUGGCCUCGGAGUCGGAGGACGACUCCCCGCGAGAGGCGGCCGCGCCGGAUCUCGAGCUGCCGAGGCUCGGAGGCGACGCCCGCGCCGGGCCGCCGCCCGAGGUGGGCGCGGAGCUGCGGCCCGGCCACGCCCCGGCGGCCGCAGGGCACCGCGGGCACCACCACCACGGCCAGCCGGCGGAGCGCACGCGCAUCCUCCAGUCCUCGUGGCAGCCGCUUGGGCGAGGACAGCAGGCCAGUCACCAUUACGGCGACGACGGUCUCCGGGAGGUCACCCAGCUGUUCGACGAGAGCAGCAUCUGGCCGGGCCAGGCGCGCGAGGCGUUUCUCCCGGGCAUGAGGGGCCCUGACGUCUUCGCACCGUGGAGAAAUCACGACGCGAGGGUUUGGGCAAUGGCCAUCUUGACGGUGUUGCCAGUGCCAUCGGGCAUCCCCAGCGGGCAGCUCGCUUUCACCCUUGUUCGGCUGGAGAUUUAUACCAUGCCUCUCUGCCCAGCAGAGGUGUUGGAGCACGUCUCGGACGGUAGGAGCGCCGACACGGAGGUCCUCGACGUGUUCACCGACCCCGACUUCGGGGCCGACGCGGACUCCUGGUUCAGCCCCAACGAGAACCGCGUCGCGAGCCGCCUGCACAGCCCCAACGUCUGGCUGCGGCUGCAGGAAUUCUCCAUGGAGGUGUACCCGUUCGUAGGAGACCCUUUCGCCGGCGGGGGUGGCAGGGCCGGCCGUGUGUACCAGGGCGAGGUGGAGGACUUCUACCUGGUGUCGGCGCUUCAGGCCAUCGGGAUGAAGCCGCAGCUGGUCGCCAAUUUGUUUGCCAACAUGGACUACUCUGAUCCGAUCUUAGGCGUCCACACCCUCCGCUUCUACAAGCACGGCCAGUGGGUGCCCGUCACCAUUGACGACCAGCUGCCCUUCGAUCGCGAGUACAACCCGCUCUGCAUCACCACCGAGUUCUGGCCCGACAUGGGCUGGGCCAGCCUGGCGCAGAAGGCCUACGCCAAGCUCCACGGCAGCUGGUCUGCCCUGGGAGGGGGCGGGCACGUCGAGGAGGCGCUGGUGGACCUGACGGGGGGCUGCGCGUCGCGCUUCGGCACGCGGGACGUGGCGCCGGACAGGCUCUGGCAGUACCUCUUCGAUACGCAGCGGUGGUGCGUCUUCGCCUGCAGCAUCGACGAGAAGGCGGCGGGCAAGCUGGGCAUCGCGGUGAAGAGCUUCUGGGCGACUUCCAUUUGGCGGGUUAAGAAGUACGACGGCAUCCCGUACGUGUGCCUGUGCACGUCGGCCCCCACGGCCACGCUGCGCGGGCUGCCCCACUGCCGCGUGCCCUCCGAGGAGUCCUACGGCACGGACGAGGGCUUCGUCUGGCUCCGAAUCGACGACUUCUGCUCCAUCUACGACAUCGUGUACGAGUGCAGGCUGGUGAACUCGGACCUCGGCUCCGUCGAGAAGACGGGCAUACCCUACAGUCCUGGAUGGGUCGUUGGCUACCCCUGGUUCGAGGAGAUGUGGGCAUACCAGGGCGACGUCUUCACCGAGGACGGCCCCCUCCUUUCUGUUCGACAUCAAGGAGGUGCCAAGGACCCCGAGCUCACGCUCGAGAUCUCGCAGACGGACCUGCGCUACGACGAGUCCAGGGGCCUCGACCGAGGGCGACGCGUGCAGGCCCCUCUGCUCCUGCGCUUCUACCAGUGCAGCGAGGGCGUCAGCGAGACGUAUGGUGGCGAACUUCAUCUGGUGCACACGUCGGCCUGGGGGCACGCCCGGGACGCGAUGUGCGGCGUGAAGGUCCUGAAACCUGGCAAGUUCAUCGCCAUGGUGACCCUGCCAGAUCAGUACGACUGUUUUCGCAUGAUCUUCCGCUGUUACUCUACGCGGCCAGUCGCGAUGAAGGUUGUCACGGCCCACCGCGCGUGGAUCGCCGUGCAGGGCAGCGCGCCGCUGCACGCCAUUCCGUACUCGCUCACGGGUUUCAUGCGCGUCGACAGCAUAGGCAAGACGUUACCCAUGCUGUUCAACGAGGCGGACGGCAAGGGCAUGAGCAUGGCCAGCCCGCUGGCUGGCAACCUGCCGAAACGUGGCGACCGCUCAUGGGCGAUCGCCUGGCACAACCUGCAGGAGGAGACGGUUGGGCCUGGGCAGUGGCGCCGUCUCCAUCGGCGGCAAGCGCAUCGACGGGGAGGCCAUCGUGGGCAGCUUCGGGGGCGCGGGCGCCCGGGCGACCGUCGGAUCCAAGGAGAUCGGGACGAGUGCAGCACCAUGUGA